AUGAAUCCCAAGGAACAUUGCAAAGCUAUCACAUUGAGAAGUGGGAGAACAUUACAAGAACCAGAAGAAAAGCAAACACAGAAGGAAGAAACUCCUCAAAAUCAUGAGAUUCAAGAAGAGGAAGAAGAGAAACAAGCUGAGGAGAGCAAAAAAGAGGAGGAAAAGGAGAAAAAGAAACUGCCAGAACCUUACCAGCUCCAUUUACCUUUUCCUCAGAGAUUCCAGAAAGCUAUAUUGGAUAAGCAGUUUGGGAAAUUUUUAGAGGUUUUGCAGAAGCUCUACAUCAAUAUUCCUUUUAUAGAAGCAUUAUCUGAGAUGCCCUCCUAUACAAAAUAUCUAAAGGAAAUCCUUUCCAAGAAAAAGAGAAUGGAGGACUAUGAGACAGUUGCCCUAAUAGAAGAAUGUAGUGUCAUCCUACAGAGCAAGCUGCCUCCAAAAUUGAAAGCUCCUGGAAGCUUUUCCAUACCAUGCUUGAUUGGCAAUAUGAAUAUUGACAAAGUCCUCUGUGACCUUAGAGCCAACGUGAGCCUAAUGCCCUUAUCCAUAUGUGGGAGAGCUGAGACUAACUACCAUCUCCUUGUAAUUAUCAGACAGACCUGUCAAGUUUACCCAUUUAGCAUCCUAGAAAACAUACCCAUCAAGGUGGAAAAAUUUUUCAUUCUAGUAGAUUUUAUUGUCCUAGAGAUGUAG